AUGGUUGAUUUUAUUGAUAUGAACGCCAUUCACAUCUUCAUGAUGAGGAACCAUGUACCAACACUUAUGGGAGAUGUUUACCAUUCCAUUCAUUCCAGAAAUCACAAGAAAAGAGGUGGUUUAGUAUGGUGUUGUGCUCCUCUUUUGUAUCAUUGGUUCCGAAGUCAUCUCCCUUGCAAAGGAGCGUUUGCAGAUAACGAGGAAACCUCGAAAUGGUCCAAGAGAUUGAUGGGACUUACUUCUAACGACCUGGUGUGGUACAACUUGAGGUUGGAUAUAAUGGAAAGGUCUGAGGUGAUUGUGAGUUGUGGAGAAUUUCCUAAUGUACUACUCAUGGGCAUUAGGGGAGGCAUAAACUACAAUCAUGUGUUAUCUCAAAGACAAUUGGGCUAUGCUUUGAAAGGACCUCUAAAGGAUAAAAGCAUACAAGAAUCAUUGUUCUACAAUGUCAAUAAUGAUGUUGAGAUGAUGAAGAAGGCUGCUAAAGCUUGGAACCAUAUCUCAUGCAAAGGAAAGGAAUUAUUUGGCAAGAAAGAUUAUGUUGCUUACCCUCCUUAUGCCGACUGGAUUAAAGAGAGGGUUCAAACUGUCUUGUUUCCUUUUCCAAUGGAAAAUCCAUUAUAUCCUCAAGAGCCAGAUCACUCUAAUUUUGUGCCCAGAGAAUACUUCAAUCAUACUUUUCUUUCGAAUAAGAACUUGAAGCAGGAAAAGGAAUAUUUGGGUAUGCAAGUUUUCAGCUUUAGGCAAGAAACGAUGGAUUUGGCUCACAAACUUAGAGAAAGGGAUGAAUUGCUUCACAAAUAUGGUCUAGUUGUGGAUGGGAGAGUCAGGAAGAAGACUAAAAUUAACAGAGUUAGUAGGGAUCCUUAUAUAGUUAUUGAAGAACAAAAGAGGGCUCUUGAAGAGGUUGAAGAAGAAAUCAAGCAAAAGCAUCGAGAGUAUGAGUCACUCAGAGUCAACAAAGCCAAGAUGGAGAAGAGGUACAAGGACAAGAUUAAAAGACCGGAGAAGCAAUUGUAG